GAGCCGCAGCCUUUCCGAGGGAGCGGACUGUGCUGUUCGCCAUCUUAGGGAGAGCAUGUUCUCGUCCGUGGCGCACCUCGCACGAGCGAACCCCUUCAACGCGCCGCACCUGCAGCUCGUGCACGAUGGCCUGUCGGACCCCCGCCGCAGCCCCGCCGGACCCCCCGGCCAGCCCCGCCGUCCCCGCAACCUGGCAGCCGCCGCCGUGGAAGAAUACAGUUGUGAAUAUGGCUCCAUGAAGUUUUAUGCACUGUGUGGCUUUGGUGGGGUCUUAAGUUGUGGUCUGACACAUACUGCUGUUGUUCCUCUGGAUUUAGUGAAAUGCCGUAUGCAGGUGGACCCUCAAAAGUACAAGGGCAUAUUUAACGGGUUCUCCGUUACACUUAAAGAGGAUGGUGUUCGUGGUUUGGCUAAAGGAUGGGCUCCAACCUUCAUUGGCUACUCUAUGCAAGGACUCUGCAAAUUUGGCUUCUAUGAGGUCUUCAAAGUCUUAUAUAGCAACAUGCUUGGAGAGGAGAAUGCUUAUCUCUGGCGCACAUCAUUGUAUUUGGCUGCCUCUGCCAGUGCUGAAUUCUUCGCUGACAUAGCCCUGGCUCCUAUGGAAGCUGCUAAGGUUCGAAUUCAAACCCAACCAGGCUAUGCCAAUACAUUGAGGGAUGCAGCUCCCAAAAUGUUUAAGGAAGAAGGCUUAAAUGCGUUCUACAAGGGGGUUGCUCCUCUCUGGAUGAGACAGAUCCCUUACACCAUGAUGAAAUUUGCCUGCUUUGAGCGUACUGUUGAAGCAUUGUACAAGUUUGUGGUUCCCAAGCCCCGAAGUGAAUGUACAAAGGCGGAGCAGCUUGUUGUCACAUUUGUGGCAGGUUAU